AAAGAACAACCAUAGCUUUUCCUUGUGUCGCUUGUCCUUGCGACUUUCUGUUACUGUUCUACCACACCCUCCUUCAUCUUGGGGAUUUUUUUUCAGAACUUUUUCCCUACCAUCACAGCUAAAUUUGUGCGCAAUGGCAGGGCCCCGUGCGCCUAUCGGCACUCUAUCACAGCACGCCGCCGCCGCCGCCGGCCUUGUGCGCGGCAUGGUACCCAAGAUGUUUGGCCGUACCGAUCCGAAGCAGGCUCGCAAGACCGAGGAAAUCACAGAGAGCGAUAGCACCAGCGACAGCGACAGCGACAGCUCUACCCAUAGCGAUUCGGAGACUGACGAGGCCGUGAGAGAGGACACCAAGAACUGGGCAGACAAGUUGAAGGCCAAAAAGGCCGGGUCGACGCCGACGCCGGCUAGCAAGCCGGUCAAGGCCGCACCUGUGUCCGCUGCGUCGCCUAAUGCGAAGUCUAGCAGUCGCGCCACCAAAUCGGACAUUAAGAAGUCGUCAUCUUCAGAUUCGUCCGCUAGCGAGAGCGACAGCGACAGCGACAGCGAGAGUGGGAGUGACGAAGGGGACGACAAGAUGGCCGUCGAUCCGAAAUCCGACUCAGAGGUGGUUAGCAAAAAGACCAAAAAUGGAGGGCCCAAGGUCAAGGAGGAGGUUCAGUCCGGCUCCGAUAGCGAGUCGAGCGACGAAGAGAUGGGCGACUCCGCCCCGACCGAGAAGGCGGCUCCGUCGCCAUCCAGUUCAGAGACGAGCGCCAGCGAGGAUGAGUCUGAUGACGAAACUCCUGCUCCUGCGACCAGUUUAACCCACAAAAAGGACGCCGCCGCAAGAGCAGUCUCGUCUUCCGACGAGUCGGCCUCUGAGAGCGAGAGUGAAAGUGAGAGCGAGAGCGAGAGCGAGAGUGAGAGCGAGGUCGAGAGUGAGAGCGAGAGCGAGGUCGAGCCGAAGUCUACGACUAAGGCAGAAAAGAAGACCCAGGAUGAGAGCGAGAGCGCUGGUGAAAGCGACGGCGGCAGCGACAGCGACAGCGACAGCGGAAGCGAUGAAGGCACAAAGCAUCCGCAGAAGUCCCUGGCGAAACGGCCGCAGAGCCCUAGGCCCACCGCAAAGCAGGCCGCGAGCGCCAAGCAGCCUGUUCCCACCAAGUCAGCCAAGUCGUCAGCUGCCAUCAAUGGGGCUGCAAAGAGCAAGGAGUUUGUCAGCGAGUCCGAUAGCUCAAGCGAUGCCGAGUCAGGCGAUGACUCUGAUAGCGAGGGCACAGCGCAGUCUACGACCGUUGAGAAGCAAAGUGGGAAGAACUCAGUCCAAGCACCACCCCGGGAGAUUAUCUCGCAGGGUUUCCACCUUCGUAAGGCUGAGGAAGAUGUCGAUGCAGCCGAGGUUGCCCGCGCGUUCAAGAAAGCAAAAGCCGAAGGCAAGCAGAUCUGGUACUUCACCACCCCGAAAUCUGUGCCUAUCGAAGUCAUCCAAAAGCACGUCAUCCCCUUGGACAAGGUUCAUGCUGGCAAGGCCAUCUUUGCCCACGACGGAGCCGAGUACACUGGCCACUUCGAAGAGCCAGUGAACCAUGCUAUCAAGGUCCUUAUUCCUGGCAAGACAGGCGCCAAAUAUGAGACACUCAAUCACUCGGUUGACCGAGUCCUGCACAUCACCCGUGUGACACGCCUCGGCGAGGAGGGCGCGGACGAGUCUGUUCCAGCCACCACUUCCGUUUCAUCUCCCGCUCCGGUGUCCCAGGGUCCUCGGCCGCAGCCUAAGGGGCUGAAAGCCCGCUAUCAGCCUUUUGGCGUCACCAAAGUCAGUUCUAGCGCCCUCGGAAUGGAUGCUUCGGACAACGAGGAUGUCGAGAUGGCGCAGGCACCGCCGCUUACGGCCAAAUCUGAUACGCCGAAGGCUGCAAAGAAGCGCAAGCAUGGGGAUGUUGAUAAGGGAGCCAACAAGGAGGAGUCCACUUCCACGCCCGCCAACAAGCCCAAGAAAGCCCGAGUUGACAACUCCGAUACCAAAGCCUCUAAGGAUACUCCUGUUGUACACCCUUCCGUCGCGUCAGCCUCGACAAAGACCACUGAGCAAACGUCCCCUUCCAAGAAGAAGUCGAAGGGGAAAGACAAGGCAAAGAAAGAUGGCCCUGCUUCUUCGGAGACAUUGACCGGCGAAUCCAAGAAACCCACCAAGGUGACGCCCAUCUUACCUCCUGCUAUCCCCGGCGUGACGAGUCCUUAGGCCGGCUCUCCAAGCCAGGGUGCUAUGCAGCAGGGCAUGCGCGCGAUGAGCGUCCCUCCUGAAUAUCAGUCCAUGUCAGCGGCCCGCAAGGAACGGGAGGCCGCGCUAGCCAAGAGAUCUUGCACACCCAGUACGCCGACAAAGACACGGAUUACCUCGUGGACUCCGAUUCCCAUCCCUGGUACGAGCACACCUCGAAAGGUAAUCCCCUCACGCCAGUGGACUCUGAAGGA